AGGUCACCCGCACGUCACUCGCGGUUGUGCGCGCGUUCUUCUGCACGGAUCCCGUCAAUUUCUCUGCGGUCGCGUGUUUAUUGUGCUCGCGCCUCCGUUUGACGACGGACCGCCGCCGCCGCCGCCGCCACCGCCGCCAACUUCCGAGAGACCUCCGCCAAUUUCCGAGAGACAUGUGCAGCUGAGCUGAUAUAACAUCACACGCAUAUAUUAUAAUAUUAUAUUACGAUUCUGCCGAUCACUAUGACGGAUGAUGCGAAACAACCACAAUCAAACGUCAACUGUGGCGACAAGGAGCGCGACCUCAACAAGCAGUCGUCGACCGUCGCCAAGUCAGGCAGUGAUCCCGUACAAACGGCACUGGGUGACUUCGGUUGGUGGCAGUUUUGGAUCACGUUCGCCCUGUCUCUGUUGAAGUUUCCGAUCGCCUGGCACCAGUUGGCGAUUAUAUUUUUGGCUGCCAGAACGCCGUUUAAGUGCGAUAUCGGCGAUGGGUCGACAACAUUGUUCAACGUGACCGAUAGAUGCAGUUCUCUCGACCCAGUCACGCACGAAGUGGCAUCAUGCCAUCAAUUCGUUUACGACCGGUCCGUGUUCCAGGAGACCAUAAUCACCGAGUGGGACUUGGUGUGCGGCCGGUUCCAACUGUCCAACAUCGCCCAGUCGGUGUUCAUGUUGGGGGUACUCAUCGGAAAUGUGUUGUUCGGUAUGUUCUCUGACAAAUAUGGUAGAAAAUUACCAAUGAUGUUCGCUAUUGUCUUAUUACUCGUUGCCGGGGUCGGCACGUCGUUAGCUCCUUGGUACGAGCUAUUCCUACCACUUAGAUUUGCGACUGCGUUAGCCAUUGGAGGUCUAAUGAUUAGUAGCUUUGUUUUAACCAUGGAAGUUGUGGGCGGGAAAUGGCGAACCGUGGUCAGCACGUUGCAUCACAUUCCUUUCAAUUUAGGCCACAUGAGCAUGGCUCUCAUUUCGUAUUUCAUUAGAAAUUGGAGACAAUUUCAAUUGGCUAUUACCCUGCCAUCGUUGUUUUUCUUCACGUAUUGGUGGAUAAUACCGGAAAGCCCGCGGUGGCUGUUGGCAAUGGGCAAGGAAAAGCAGGCGCGGAAAAUACUGACUGCGGGCGCCUCGAGGAACAACCGGAAACUGGACGGUGAGUUCGAAAAGUCACUGAUGAAUAGCCAGCCUGGAAAGGGCGCCGAAGAGAACAAGGGCAAUGUGUUCGACCUCUUCCGGACGCCCAACCUGCGGAAGAAGACGCUGGCCGUGUUCUUCAAUUGGAUGGUGUGCGGGCUGUGCUUCUACGGUCUGGCGCAGUACAUGGGCGAGAUCGGCGGAAACAUAUUCGUCAACGUCGCGUCGUCUGGGCUUAUCGAGUUGCCGGGCGCGUUCCUGUGCAUAUACCUGUUGGAGAAGUUCGGCCGGAGGAACACUCUGCUGUCGGCCAACCUGGUGACGGCCAUGGCCUGCAUACUGAUAACGUUCCUACCUCAGAAUUCUGAAGUUGAACAUUUCAAGUUCAUAUUAGCGUCGUUGGGCAUAGUUGGAUCGUCAAUAGCUUUUCCAACCAUAUAUCUGUUUAGUGGAGAACUGUUUCCGACUGUGGUGCGCAACGUCGGUGUUGGAUCGGCGUCCAUGUGUGCAAGGAUUGGUUCCGUAAUAGCUCCAUUCGUCUCGUCUCUGGGCGUAUUCAAUGUGUACUUACCGCCGAUGAUUUUCGGCACGGUGCCACUGAUUGGCGCUCUCCUGUGUCUAUUGUUGCCGGAAACAAGAGGUGCACAAUUACCGGUGACCAUUGAAGACGGAGAACGUUUCGGACUCAAAUUAACAAAAUCGCCAACAAAGAAGGCGGAAAAUGGAACACACAAUUCUGGAUUUGUAGCCGACGAACAAUUGUAACACCAAAUGAUUUGUGAAUAUUAUUGUAUUGUACUUUAUUAUUAUAUUAAUAUAUUAUAUCAUACAGCGAUAUACGCUGUCGGUUAUACCUACAUCAUUUGUUAUAUAACAUAUAAAUUUAUAAUAUAUUACAAGCAUACAAAAUAAUGUAAAUAUUAACUAUUAUUAUACGGUAAAAAAAGGGUUAUAGUACUGUAUAAUGUAGGACUAUCGUCAGUGUGAUUUUUCACAUUUCUCACAAAAAAAGUAUAAAUUUUAUAUUAGAUAAUUUUGUAUACAUUUAUAUCGAUAUGUAUUCUUCUUUUAAGUCUUUGCCAUUUAUGUUAUUACAUUGUGAUAUAAGCUCGACAAAUAUUUAAUAAAAUUAUUUUUGAAGAUAAUUUUAUUAUAACACAAUAUUGCAUUCCAACUACUGCAGAAACUGUAAGUUUCCAAAAUAAUAUGAAAAUAUACCUCUAUAAAAAUUACAUAUAACACUCAGCAAAAAAAAUUGCCCUGAAUUUUUACUGCUUUUAAAAUAAAUACAAUUAUAAUUGUUUGAUAAUUGAUAUUAUAUAAUGAUUCAUAUGAUGCGUACUAACAUGGUCUUGAAUUCUGAAAGCCUUCCGUCACCCCAACGUUUAACGAUAACUAACAUAUAAUAUAAUUGUAUGUUAGGUCGAUUAAGCAAGAUACCUAAUAGUUAUGCCCUUGUAAAUGUGAAUAAAAAUCAACAAACAGAUUAUUACAAUUUUCAAGUGGUAAAAAUUAUCACAAUAAAAAUAGUAGGAUCACAAAAUUAGGAUGAAGAGGAGGUAGGUAUAUCCACGUAAAUAAAGAGUAUAGCCGUAUAGGUAUCUACGUAUUUAUAUCACUGUAAAUACGUUAAGUUAAAUGAACAUAAUUUUUUUUUUACAAUUAACAGAUUUAGAUAUAAAUUGAAAUAUAAUACAGGGUGAUUUUUAAAGAAUGUCCACCCUAUUUGUGUGCUUAAAUUAUACAUAUAUUCCAAUUCUGAUUUUUUAAAUUCUUAAAUACACUUGAAGUUCAUAUUUUAAAAUUCUUGAGAUUAUUUUUUACCACUUAAGGAUGAUCCUGUGACAAUACAAACUUCCGUUUUUAAAAUAGGAACCCACCUUUUUAAUU